GGCCGUGUAUUCUGGUCUUUUCCCUAAAAUAAACUUCAUUCAAGGCGAUAAACCAGGCUAAGCAUCCCUUCUUUUGCAUCUCAGUAUACUUCUCUCUCUGUAUCUCACAACUUUCUUUUCACAUAACGAACAAUGGCUAUUGCGGAAAUCUUUCUCGCUGCUUUCAUCCAAGUGGUAUUUGAGAAAUUGGCUUCACGUGAUUUGUUGAACUUUGCACGGAGGGAGCGGAUUGAUGAUCUGCUGACGAGAUGGAGCAGAAUGUUGGGAGAAAUCGAUGCCGUGCUUGCAGAUGCCGAAGAGAAGCAAAUGAGGACAGAUCAAAGGGCUAUCAAAAUGUGGCUGGAGGAUCUCGAAGACUUCGCUUAUGAUCUGGAUGACAUACUUGACGAGUUCUCCACUGAAGCUUUGCGACGACAUGUGUUGAAAGAGUCUCAAGCUAGCACCAGCAAGGUACGUGCCCUCAUACCUACUUGUUGUACGCGUUUCAAUCCAACCACCAUAGCUUUUGCUUCUAGAAUGAGGUCCAAGAUGGACGAGAUCACAAAGAGGUUGAAGGAUCUCUUUGACCGAAGAAUCGGGCUUGGCUUGCAAAUUGUUGGUGCAGGGCACCCUACUAGACCUACACAAAGGCCACCCACUUCAUCUUUCAUACACGAACCUCGUUUGUAUGGUAGAGAUGGGGAUCAAAAGGUGAUAAUAGAGUUCCUUCUAAGCGAUCAAUCAAAUAAUGGAAAAUUUGAUGUUGUUCCGAUAGUGGGUAUGGGUGGGGUUGGGAAGACCACGCUCGCUCAAAUGGUCUACAACAACGAAAUGGUUAAGAAACAUUUUGAGAUUAAAGCGUGGGUAUCUGUCUCUGAAGGGUACUUUGACAUUAUGGGACUGACAAAAGCGAUUCUUGAGUCUAUUACAUCUCACACUUGUGAUCUUAAAACCUUAGAUCAAGUUCAAGAUCAAUUGAAAAGCGCUUUGGCUGGGAAGAAGUUCUUGAUUGUUCUAGAUGAUGUUUGGGACAAGAACCAUGGUGAUUGGAGCAAGUUACAGAGUCCUUUCAGUAAUGGAGCCUUAGGAAGUAAAGUCAUAGUAACAACACGUCUGAGGGAUGUUGCAUUGACAAUGACCGGAACCGAUAAAUAUCAUCUCCUGAAGGAACUAUCAGAGGAUGAUUGUUGGUCGGUGUUUGCACAACUUGCAUUUCAAAAUAGUGGUAUAGAAGCAAGUCCAAAAUUAGUUUCACUUGGUCGAAAAAUUGUGAAAAAAUGUCGAGGCUUGCCUUUGGCUGCAAGGACACUCGGUGGCCUUCUACGGUGUAAGUUGAGAGGUGAUGAAUGGGAAGAAGUAUUGAAUAGUAAGAUGUGGGAGUUAUCGGAUGAGGAAAGUGACAUUCUUCCAGCUUUGAGAUUAAGCUACUACCACCUCCCGUCACAUUUGAAGAAAUGUUUUGGAUAUUGUUCUAUUCUGCCUAAGGAUUGCGAAUUUGAGGAGAAGGAACUAGUUUUCUGGUGGAUGGCAGAAGGCUUAAUUCAGAAGCCAAAUGGACAAAAACAAAUGGAAGAUCUUGGACGUGAGUACUUUCGUGAAUUGCUAUCGAGAUCAUUUUUUCAACUGUCAAGUAAUGGUGGUCCUGAAGUCUCACUAUUUGUUAUGCAUGACCUCAUCAAUGAUUUAGCUCAGUUUGUUGCUAGCAGAAUUUGUUUAAGGCUGGGGGAGAACCCCGAAAACAAUGAGGAUGAUAAAAAUAUCACCAAGGCUCGUCAUUCAUCCUAUAUACGUGGCCACCGUGAUGGCAUAAAAAGGUUUGAGGCCUUUCGAAAAGCCAAAAAUGUGCGGUCUUUUUUACCAUUUGGAUUGAGAGAUCGAGAUAACAUUUCAACAUCCUUUUUAACAAGCGAUGUUCCCCUCCAUUUGUUGCCGAGUCUUAAACGUUUACGCGUGCUUAGCUUGAGAAGAUAUCGAAUCCGUGAACUUCCAGGUUCAAUUGGAGAUUUGAAACAUGUCAGGUUCCUUGACCUUUCAUGUGCCUUGAUUGCCACAUUACCGGAAUCAAUAAGCACUCUUUACAACCUUCAAACACUGAUAUUGAGAAACUGUAAAAAUCUCAGCAAGUUACCUGCAAACAUGAGUAACCUUAUUAACUUGCGGCAUCUCGAUCUUACAGGUGCAGAUUCAUUACAAGACAUGCCACCAAAAAUAGGUGAAUUGACGUGUCUCCAAACAUUAUCGAACUUUAUUGUCAGCCAAGAUGAGGGGUCUACCAUAAAUGAGUUGAAAAACUUGAUUCAUCUUAGAGGGACACUUUGCAUAUCAGGUUUGGAGAAUGUGGCGGAUGUUUUGGAUGCUAGCAUGGCCAACUUAAAGGAUAAACUAGGCUUAGAUGUCCUGUUGAUGAAAUGGAGUAAUGUCUCCGAUAAGUCUUGCAAUGAAACUAUUGAAUCAAACGUGCUUAACAUGCUAAGACCUCACAUUAACUUAAAAGAGCUUACCAUUAUUGGUUACCAUGGUCCAGCAUUUCCGACUUGGGUGGGAAAUUCUUUGUUCUGUAAUAUGGUAUCCUUGAAGUUCAAAAACUGUGAAAAUUGCAUUUCCUUACCUCCUUUAGGUCAAUUACCGUCACUUGAAAAUCUUCACAUUCAAGGGAUGAAAGCAGUAAAGAAUAUUGGUCCUGAGUUCUAUGGGUUGGGCUGCUCAAAUCCUUUCCCAACUCUACAGAUUUUAACCUUAGAGGACAUGCCCGAAUGGCAAGACUGGUCUCAUUUUGGAGUCGAGGAGAGAGCUCAAGCAUUUAUUCGCUUGUCAGAGCUCUCCAUUAAAAGGUGUCCCAAGCUUUUGGGUAAAUUGCCCUUUCAUAUACCUCGCUUAAAAAAGCUGGAGAUUGAAGAGUGCCCACUGUUGGUUUUUGCAUGGGCUCCAAGCCCUACAGAGCUGAAUCAAGUGAGGAACACGCUUCACUUUGAGGCACUCAUCUCUCUGUCUCUCACGCAUGUUUUGAUUCCGGACUCUUGGAAUCCAAAAGUGGGUAAUGAAGCAAUGUUGGAAAAUGCAAGGUAUAGCCAUCUGAGCUCGUUGAUUUCCGUUACAGUUGAAAAUAUAAAGGGUCUUAGAUGCCUACCUGGUUGGUUUCUUCAAGGGCUGACGGGACUCCAAGAACUCUCUAUCCGUGGUUGUCAAGAACUCACCUCACUGUGGAAGAAUGAGGUGAGACACCGAAUCCCUGCCCUCCGAUGUUUAAAGAUUGAAAAAUGCCCUCAACUUAUUUCCUUUUGUGAAGAAGAUGAAAACAAAGACAAUGAAGAAGGGCUACAGCAGCAUGAGGAGCUGCCUUACUUAAUGAUGCUGGAGCAUUUGGAAAUAAAAUCUUGUGAAAAGCUGGAGAGACUACCACAAGAGCUGCACAACCUCAACUAUCUUCAAGAUCUUAUCAUCUUCGAUUGUCCAUGUCUCCUCUCUUUUCCCAAGGAAGGUUUGCCAUCUACUCUAACAACACUUCACAUUAGGAAUUGUGACGCUCUGCUGUCCCUACCAGAGUUGACGAUGCUGAAUAGUCUUGAGAUAUUGAAAGUAAGAGGGUGUCCAUCGCUCACGUACUUAAGUUGUUCCAAAACUGGGCUACCGCCCACUCUCAAAUCUCUACGGCUUAAGAAUUGUGGAAAUCUGGAGUCAAUACUGGCAGAGGAAGGGAUGAAAAUCCAUUGUCCAUCUCUUGAAUAUGUGUCAAUCCAUGACUGUGAGAGCCUCAAAUCCUUGCCGGAGCUGAUGCAAAAUAAUUAUGACGGUGGAUGUCUCAGGAAUCUCAGACAAUUGAAGAUAUAUGAUUGUGAUAAUUUGGAAUCCAUUCCGGAAGGAUGGUUCACUGCAUCCAAUCUAAGGGAAUUGCAGAUCUACUGGUGCGAAAAACUCAAGGGUCCGUCAUACCGUGUCUAUAACAACCUCACUUUUCUUCAAAAGCUGUUUGUAGAUAAUUGCGCUUCAGCUACAGGACUCGUGUCCUGUAUUCUGAACAAUGCACAAUUCACCAACCUCACUGAGCUUGGAAUCUUCAAUGUUGACAUGGGUAAUAAGCCCCGAUCAGAGUGGGGUUUGCAUAGAUUGUCCUCCCUCACAACUCUUGUCCUCGGACGGUAUGGUGGGGCAUCAUUUCCACCCGAAGAAAAAGACGGGAUGAUGCAGUGGUUGCCCCCUUCUCUGACCACCCUGCGUAUCAAUCGGUUCCCAAAUCUGGAGAAGCUCUAUUGCAAGGACUUUCACAACGUCCCCUCUCUUGGAGAACUUGAAAUCUGGAGUUGCCCCAAACUCACGAUCAUUACAGAGCUAGGGCAGCUUCCCUCGCUUUCAGAACUGUGGAUCUGGAAUUGCCCCAAUGUCGAAUCGUUUUCUGCAGAGGAUCAAGCAUUCCGUCUACCUCCCUCGCUUUUGCUAUUGUAUAUCUACAGAUGUCCUUUACUGGAAGAGAGGUGUGAAAAGAAGAAAGGCCAAUAUUGGCCCUUCAUUUCUCACAUCCCUCAAGUCCACAUAGACGGCAGACUCCAAGAUACUAUGCCCCAGUUCUGAGAAAUGGAGACUGUGUUAUACUUCUUUGGAAUGUCAAUUCUCAAGUGAUACUUUGCAAUAAGAUGAAGGGACACGGUAUUCAAUCAUACACUCCUAAUUUUCUGUGUCCAAAAGUGUGUUAUCUGCACGAGCACAAAUCGAAACUCUGGCAGAAAGCAUGGCCUAUUUUUGCAUUCUUUCCAUGCACAACUCUAUCGGAUGGCAAACAAGAGCAGUCAAAUGGCAUCAGACGUUUGGCCUAUAUUUUGUCUUCAGACGAUUUUAUAAACUGUGGAGCUGCUGGAGCAUCUUUAUGCAUUUGGUUUUUUAUUUUGCUUCUAAUUCUUUCAGCAAAUAUAAUGAAUCAAGUAUUUGACUAGGGUUUAUCCAAAGCUUGUGCUAACUUUCUCACAUUACUCAAAUUUUGUAGCCCUUCUACUGAUACAUUUGAGGCACCAACCAUUUGGAGUUCCGCAUGGUGAAUUUUCGGGUUGUGGUGCUCUCAAGUCUCAAUGUGUUUUCAGAGCACAGGAUGUAUCCAAUUGGACGGUCAAAAUAUAUUUAUGUGUGUGCAUAUUUGCGUCAUUAGAUUUCAAGUCUUGUAGUGAUAGAACUAUGAAGGUUAAAUUGCUAUGUGGUGUCUAAAUGCCUUUGAUUAUGCUGUUCUGUCUACUUUCCUUCCUCCAACACUCUCAUUUGUUAAUCAAAUCGUCCUCCACUUAUUUGGUAGUA